CAGUUUUUCUGGGUAGUAAAGUCUGUCUUCUCACCUUACCUUCCAUCAUAACAGCAGCAGAAUUAGAGUUUUUAAAAACUGCCUUUUUCCUACUUCCUUUUCAUUGUAUUCAACAUCUUGCCUGCUGAAGAGUUAUAGAGAAUUCAAAAUAUUGCUUAUGACUUUGCAAUUUUAGAGGGUCCUUACAAGGGUGUUACUGAACUGUCACUAGUGCAAGUCUUGAUAAAGAUUUAAAUAAUUUGGGUAUGAAUUCUCUCAUUAAUCACUAACAUUCAUAACAAAGCAGGAGAACCAAAUCCAUUGUUCUUUAAACCUUCCCUUUACUGGCGUGCUCUGCGGUGUUGCCAUGGCAGAUUCUUCCUGGGUAAGAUAAAGAGAGCAGUGCACAUGCUCAGAGAUACAAGUGUACAUGAUCCAUUAGCAGUUUGCAGCAACUGAAGAGACAUCACAAAGACAAGUGAAAGAUCAGGAGGAAGACUCAACUAGCAAGAUGCUGAAGGCUUGUGUAAACAGAAUGAUCACUUUAGCACCACUAAUUCUAAUAAUUUGGCUUAUUUCUACAAAGCCAGCUACAGCUGAAGAAGAAUCGGGAACAACAGUCCCUGCAGAAAGUCGCCCGUGUGUUGACUGCCAUGCAUUUGAAUUCAUGCAGCGGGCUUUGCAAGAUUUAAAGAAAACAGCUUACAAUUUAGAUUCACGGACAGAAACAUUGCUUUUUAAAGUGGAGAAGAGAAUUCUGUGCGACUGUUUAACUGCAAAUGCCUUGAACUGAAUACUGGAUGCCCACCUAGGAUUUGCUGGUUCUUGAACAGUUUUUAAAAUGCUGCAGUUAGUGCAGAAAAAAUUAGGAAACAAAAUACUGCUAAGAUGUAAUCCCCAGAGCACUAAUGAAUUUAGUAAACUGUUUUGUGUCUGCCAUCUGA